AUCGCACCCCUCUUUUCUUUCUCUACUUGUUUGUGUCUUAUACCCCAGCCUGUUGCUGAAAGUACUUUGUGAGCGGCUGGCCCCACUUCGAUCAAACGUGAACAUUCGUCACCAACAACAAACGUCGCAGCCAAAUUAUGCGACAAACAGCAUCCCUUGAUAAUUUAGGACUCUCGCGAAUCAACGUUAUUGAAACUAUCUUCAUUACUCCCAAGCGGAGGUUCAGUCGGCGCUCGAGAAAUUCCACUCCACCAAGCGAAACUUCAAGCCGACGGUUCACCAUCUCGUUCAACCCCUUUUUAAGUCACAGCAGUCAUCACGCUGAGCGUGAUCAAGAGAAAAUUGACGCUAAGAAACGUCGCACCAUGGAACCGGAGGCAUCCGAUAGCCUAUACAGUGAUCUCCAAAUGACGCAAGUUAUAUCCGUCAUGCAAAAGACGAAACAGGCUGUAUUUCAUAAAUUUUUUUCCACAACACCAAGUGAAGCACGACGUCAGAAACGAGCCAUCGCGCAAUGGAAGAACCUUACCAAGGAACUCAUGUUCUGUGAUAUAAUGAAUACUGAAUCCAGUGAUACCCUAACAGAAGAAACGUAUCGUCUUCCCGCCAAAAGCUCUCUGAUACGCCAGUUCAUACUCAAUGAGUUGAUCUCAACCGAAGAAUCCUACUUGAGCCACCUCCACCGUGUAACAACGGCUUUGCUGACUUUACCUUGCGCCAUCCAGCCCAUUUUUGGCGAUUUUCCGAGGCUUGUCCUGCUGUCCAGAUCUCUCAUCCAGGGCUUUAAAAAUACUUCCAGUGUCGCCGAUGUGUUCCGUCAACACGAAGAUGACUUUGAGAUAUACAUAUUGUAUGCUUGUAACUUUGAAAAAAAUCGCAAGCGUAUCACCCGGACUGAGGUUCAAUGUCCCUCGUUUAGCGAUAUGAUACAGCAAUUGGCUUCAACGUCCGAUCGCCUCGGUCUGGCCGACUACAUGAUCAUCCCAAUUCAGCGGAUCGCUCGCUAUUGCCUCUUGCUGAAAGAACUCAAGAAAUAUACACAUCCUUUGGAUACAGAGUAUUCUAAAAUUGAAGUCAUGUUAAAAAGCCUGACCGGCUUAGCUCUCGCUAUGAACGAUGUACAAAAGAAGCUACGCCGAUGACAGAGUAGUUCUUCAUAAUAUAGCUUUUGCACCAUAUACCAUAUCUGUACUCAUCCUUUUUUUUUUCCCGCAUAUUUGCUUUGCUUUGCUUUGAUCACUCACACUUUCACUUCUUCAAACCUGAUCGUGCACGCUGCUAACCCACACACACACACAAAUAAGACAAUA